AAUCCCUAAAACUUCCGCAGGAGUAGAAUGGAUAAAGCAAACUAGAGGGUCAGAAAGGGGCCAGUGUGUGAAUUUGAAUGCCGUGUUAUUAUCUGUUCGCGUCCCGAUGCGUAGUUAAUGACGGACGACAAGCGCACGUAGAAUGUAGAAGUUUAGAAGUUGGGUCGGGAAAAGCGCGAUGUUGGUGGCUCGCGAGCGCAUUCGGAUGUGAGCGAGAGACGCGAGAGGACGAGCUCGUGAGCUCCUCGCUUCUGCCCACAAGAAAGAGAAGAGGUGGAAGGAGGAAUCACCGCACUGUCACACGGACGCGAACCGGGAAGAUGGAAUGAACAACCCGUUUGCUGGAAAUAGCACUUCUCGUAAUUCAGGCUUCUUUUUAAGAACAUGGAUUACAGGAAAAUGUCUUUAUAGAUUCGCCGCAAUCGUGGAACAAACUUUUUCUUUUGGAUGGACCUUGCAAACAUGAUCUGAGCCGGGGGGAUUUUUUCUUCCCUCACUAGAUGCAAUGGAAAUAUGAAAUAUGCAUGCUUAAAACUGACCUGACGCCAGUCAAACGAUUACAGUCUUCGAUAUGGCAACUCGUGCAGGUUUGGUUCGUGGCGCGCGCACGUUCAUUUGGCCUUUCGCUUGUGUGCUUGUGUGUUUUAGUUGUUUUUCCAUCGCCUCAUCCAACCACCACGGCCAUCGGUUGAUCUGCUGGCAAGCGAUACUCAACUGCCAGUCGGAGCCAGACUGUCAUUACGCUUAUGACCAAUAUUUGCACGCCUGUGACUCGAUACUGAGUGGCCAGAGGAAGAAAUGUCCCAGUCACUGCAUCUCGUCGCUGGUGCAACUCAACCUGACCAAAAGCGGCCCGGCGCUGGAGGACUGCAGCUGCGCCUCGGACCCCCGCUGCCGGGAGAUCAAGCGAGCCAUCGAGCCGUGUUUGCCCAAAACCAGCAGCAUGGGUUGCACCGAAGCCCGGCGCCAGUGCGAGAGGGACAUCCAGUGCCGAAGCGCCAUGGGCGAUUAUUUACUCCACUGCGGGAAACUCUUCAGCGGCUCCAGCUGCUCGAACCCGUGCCGCAAUGUCAUCGCGUACAUGCGCAAACUCCCCAAAGCUCAACUCCUGGAUACUUGCGUCUGUGACGGCUCAGAGCGGACUAUCUGCGAGUUCAUCAAAAACAGCAUGAAAACGCUUUGCUUUGACUCUCCCCCCGUGGAUGAAGAAGGCUCCAGCGGGUUGGACGAUGAUGAGCCCGAUGAUGAUUAUUACUCAGAACCAGAGCCCACGAGGAACACAGGUUCUGCUUUUGUGGCAUGUUCUGUUUUGACUGUGGUGGCAUCCAUUUUGGCUCUAGUGCCGCUUCCUUGAUCACUUUGAAGUCGAGUUAAUGAUCCGCUCCAACGGCUGUUCGGGAAUAGUGCAUUUUGUCAUUUUUUCUCCUGUUUUCCAGUUCGUUUAUGGCAUGCUGUUUGCACAUUUGUUCCUUAAAACGAGCUAGUUUUUAUUUUUAUGCGUAGCAAGCAAUCCAAUAGUGACUAUCAUUUUCACAUUUUAUGAAGUGUUCAUUAGGUGCUACUACUGCUUUUUUAGGAUACUAGUGGCUUUGCCAGUAGUCAGUAGUAUCUAUCCCACUUUUUCCUCUAGCAGACUUUUUUUUAAAUCUCACUAGUUGCUAAUUACGUGAGAAAAAAUAUUAAAUGACAAAAAAAAAAAUACAGAAAGUUUACCAGUAUGUAUGUUCAGUUGAAAAACCUGAAUAGAUUCUAAUAACUUUGAAUAGUUUGUGAACCACAGCUCCCCAUAGAAAUGAAUGGCAAAAAAAUAGACAAUGUAAUAUAAAUGAAUUAUUCACCGGACUAAUCUGGAAUAGUGACUAAUAGCAGAAUUACAAGUAACUACAAAUUUCUGAAAAA